AUGGCAGACCCCCGCUCAAGUGCUGUAGGAAUUAUUGGUGCUGGUGCGGCUGGUUUGAUCACCGGCUACACCCUACUCCAGGAUGGAUUCGAAGACAUCCAGCUGCUCACGCGCGACACGACAGUGGACACUUGGAGUGUAUAUGGAGAGUUUCGAUUCUCACCGCUACCCAUGCCCGAGACUGUUGGCCGGCUUACUGGAGAGGACAUGCGGUCAUAUAUGUCUGCAUUUGCUAACGAGUUCCUAAAUGGCCGUAUUCGUUGCAACACCGAGGUCCUUGAAAUCAAACAACACGAUUCUGGUGACCGCUGGCUCGUUGAGAUCGAGGACACGCGCUCGCAGAUACGUCAAGUACUGAGGUAUGCGAAGAUAGUACUUUGCACCGGAUCCGUUGAUGACGAAGUCUCUCCAGCAGCCGCGAAAGUGUCCGAAUUCAACGGUCCCGUAAAUCACUCCUCUCAGUUUCGCUCGCAGAUGGUCGAUCUACUGUCAAUCGUUAAGCCGAUUGAUGCCAAUGCGCCUGAUUCAGCGGGGCGGAUUGUGAUUGUUGGUGGAGGCAAGUCUGCGCAGGACAUUGCAGCCUAUCUCACGAACGAAAACCGCAAAGUAUCUGUCGUAUUUGAACGAGCGGACGCUGUCCUGGGGUUCAGCGGAAUUACCCAGUCCACCCAAGUGAGGCUUUUGCAAUCGACCGUUGCUCUCUUUGCCAGCCCAGACGGCUAUGCAGGGCCCUCCAUUCAAGCCGCGAUCGCGUCAAGUUCCGGUUCCUUCACUUCUGUGUGGCAGAGCGGAGAUGGGUACGCAUAUGGCGUAACUCACCUCGUCAAUGAGGGAGCAGAUACUGCGGCGACGGAUAUGGCUGAAAGCGAAAGCAGAGAUAGGUUGAAUCGAGAUUCGGUGGAAGCUUCUAUCGAUGAACUACUUCGCAGGCCCAUCUUGGGAGCUUCCGAACAUGAUCAGCUGUCGGUCUGCCAGUCUAUGUUGAUCAACACUGAGCGUUACAUCCCUGAACCUGCGCCACCAUCUACCGCCGUUGUAGAUGCUGCGAUCACGCUUUUUUCUCAGCUAUUGCCGCUUCAAGACUCGUCGUCGUCCCCUAAGAUCAUUGGUUCCAUGGUGGAAUCAACCAGGCCUAGGUCGGAAGGCCGCCGUGAGGCCCUGGUUGAUGGCGACCCAGUCCUUCGCAAGGCGAGCAGCGAGUGCAUCGGCAGACUCGCAAAUAUCGCAGGGACCAACUUCCUCACGAAUCAAAUGAAGUCUCUCGUAGAUCAAGUCGUUAACAAUCGGGAUCCCUACGGACGCGUCGGGCGCGCCCUCGCUUUCAGUAUUUACACAUUCGUUGGCGGCAUGACUGCUGGUCCCCUACUCAAAACUACGGUCAACGUUUUGAUGUCCCUCAGCAAUGACCCUCAUCCUCUUGUCCAUUUCUGGCCAGUGUCACUUAUGCACCGUCCGUCUCAGGGACCGCAGGUUCGGCGAUCAUCGAUUGGGAAUGGAAUGCCGGUUAGGCCGCGACUUGGUGGUGGCAGGUGGCAGCUGGAAGCGGAGAGGAUGGCAUGGCGAACGUUCACAUUCAUCAACCAUCGGACGCUUGUCGAUGACGCUUUCUGCUGGGCCUCAGCGAUGAGAGCGGGUGUACCACAAGCGUCAUGA